AUGGUCGUAACUCGCUCUGGUACUGCACGUGUGGAUCGAGAACGGCGUGAGAGAUAUACGUACGCACCAAGAAGUCAUCCGCUACUUACUGAUACACUCGGCAACAAAUAUAUCGAUUCCUACCUCGAGUACGAUUGCCUGAUGACACCGGAAGAGUUGAAGCGGCUUUCCGAACACAAAUAUUCUGCUGUGGAUACCAGUUGGCUCGAUGAACUAUGCAUGAAAUAUUUCUGGGAGUGGGCUGUGGAUUUCUAUCCGUUAUGGUUAGCUCCCAACCUUAUCACCUUGAUUGGUCUCAUAGUGAAUCUCAUCACAGUGCUGGUACUUUCCCAUUAUUGUCCAACAGCUCGCGAAGUUGCUCCGUCGUGGGCUUAUGCUCUGGCGGCGUUCGGUUUAUUUGUCUACCAAACAUUAGAUGCCACAGAUGGUAAGCAAGCUCGGCGCACAGGAGCUGCUUCACCACUGGGAGAACUGUUCGACCAUGGUUGUGACUCGAUAUCACAGGUAUUCGUUACCCUGAAUGUUGCGUAUGCUAUGAGACUUGGAGACGUGCGAUGUGGUACAUUUUUCAUUGUCAUUGUGGCGGUGUCACUGUUCUAUUGUGCUCAUUGGAGUACUUACUGUACUGGCCAACUUAGUUUUUCAAAAUUUGAUGUUACCGAAGCCCAGAUCACUAUAAUUGUGUUGCUGCUCAUCACGUCUGUUUUUGGCCCAAAUAUAUGGACUGUUGGUGUUCUGGACUAUGAGCUACGGCAUGUACUGCUGUUCCUAACACUAAUAGGUGCAUCGUACCAAGGUUCAUCUUAUUUCGAUGUGAUUUUCACAGGUGGUGUGGGAAGGAACGGAUCAACAGUUGCCGGGACAUCCGUUUUGUUUCCAGUAUGUCCGCUUUUGGCGUCUAUUGUCCCAUUUGCUAUGAUAUAUAGCAAAUCACGUACUGCUGUUUUCGAUGAAAAUAUCACUUUGUUUGUGCUGUGUUUCGGGGCUGUUGUUGCAAAGGCUACAAAUCGUUUAAUCGUUGGACACAUGAGCCGAAGUGAACUCGUUCUAUGGGACUGGAUUUACUUGGGUCCAAUAGCACUCAUGUUAAACCAAUACUACGACUUCAUAGUUUGUGAAAAGAAGUUACUGAUGGAGUUACAAGCUCGCUGCGCGUACAUUAUACCAAGAAAAGGAAGGAGUUGUCGGAUGCUGGUCAAAUCGGGACACAUGUAUUGCGGAGAACACGCUAAUCAAGAGGAAAAAAAUGAGGACCGAAUCCCGUGCCCGAACGACCCGAAGCAUACCGUGGAUCGCAAAACACUUGAGCAACAUUUACAAAGAUGUAAUUCCCGCGUAUCUGAAGAGGAAUGGAUCGCCAAAGAUAUAAAUGCAGUCAAGGGAGAAACGAAGUUUGCCGACAAAAUUGACAGAAGGGCUACGCUGAAGGAAGUCACGAGUUUGAUUGAGAAACUGCUGAAAUGCUAUGAAUCAAUCUCUGGUGAGGUUUCAACUGUCCAACUUCAUUCUGUUGAGAUUGAGAAUCAUUUGGAACAAAAUUCGGAGUUAUCGGAGAUCAAGCGCAAACAUCUCAUUCAACAGAGUUCCAUUAUUGGUCAUUUAGUAUCUGCUAACCUUUUGCACGAUGAUCCUUCCGUGUGUAUUUUCGAAUUAGGUGCCGGAAAAGCGCAGCUUGCAUACUGGAUGACCAAGAGAGCCCCACAUGCGAAGUUUCUGUUAAUUGAUAGGAGUGGUUCAAGAAACAAAUACGACAACAAAGCUCUUCAGGAGGAUCCUUCAUUGGACAUCAAGCGAUUACGCUGCUCUAUAGAACAUCUUGAUCUGUCUAAGGUGGGAAUGCUGAAGGAUGUGUCAAGCCUUUGUGCUGUGUGCAAACAUUUUUGCGGAAGUGCAACUGAUGCUGGGAUUCGGUGCCUGGUGAACGGGAUUGCAGGUGGUCUCUCACUCGACGGAUUUGUUCUCGUCCCCUGUUGUCAUCACAAGUCGCGCUAUAGUGAGUACUGCGGUCAAGAACUGCUUGCUGAAUGGGGCAUGGAGAGCGAAAGCGACUUUGCUGCUUUGCGUCUCGUGGCAGCAUGGGCUGUUUGUGGGAUUACAUUAAAAAGAAGCGAUGAAUUUGCACCUGAUGAGGACGUUACUGAACAAUCCGCAGUUUUCGAAGCUGAGGUUAACACUGAUGUUACCGUAAUGGAACAAAUAUCUAGUACUUGUCAGAAAGAUGCGAGUUCCAAUGAUUUUCUAAAGCCUUGGUCCGCACAGUGGAAAGAAGAAAUAGGUCGUAGAGCGAAAGUAGUUCUCGAGAUGGGUCGAGCGCGAUACCUUAGCAAACUUGGAUUUACUACUCGGAUUAUCAAAUAUGUCCCUGAGAGCAUUUCUCCAGAAAAUUUGUUAAUAUUGGGUAUCAAGAAUAGUUCUUAG